AGUCAAAAAUUGGCGCCGUUGCCGGGGAAUUGAUUUCACUUGUUUGUUUGUUUUUUUUCAUGACCAGAUCUGAACACAGGGACACACUGCCCUUUGAUCCAGAAAUUGAACGCACUCUCAGAAGACUUAGAAAGCAAGCCGCAGAAGCUUCAUCUGAAGCAACCGAAUUUUACCAACAAGCUGCACCAAUGGCUGAACCUAUUCCACAAGAUGCUGCCCCAAAUGGACUUGCUAUCCAGAAUCAAAUAGUCCAAGAAAAUCCAGCAAAUAGGCCUCAAGAACAAGGAGAAAGAACUAUGGGAGAAUUGGCAACCCCUGUAGGUGACUAUGCACCACUUUGCAUCACCUACCCACCUCUGACAAUUCCCUUUGAACUGAAGACAGAAAAUGGUAUAAAAGGACAAUUUGGAGAAAAUCCCCCUAAAACUGCUUUAUUUGGAGCCAAGAAAUAAGUGGGCAGCAAAAGGACACUUGGGCCCGCACAUAGCAGCCCAUGGACGCGCUUCGCAUGAACCAUUCCCGCGCAUUCAAGCUCACGCAAAUGGGCCACUCCACUUUCACAAUCUUCACGCCAAUUCCUGCACUUGCAUGUGGAGCACAUUUCACCUUCGCGUGGACCAAUGCCUGUACAUGGACCACGCAGCCCACUCACGCCAUGGACCAAGCACAGGCGCUCCACUCACACGCACACAUGGGCAGGGACACAACACUCCACGUGGACCACCAAGCGCUCAACGCACACGGCCCGUUCUCACCGUUCAGCGCAACAUGGCCCGCCUUCACCAAAGCAUUUCACGAGGACCAGGCUCACGCGAUGGGGCCACACCCAAACAGCCCACUCAUGCACACAAUUUACCGUGGACCGAACUCCUCGCCAUCCGCACAUGCACCGUGGCCCACCAUCCCGCUUCAUCAAUUCACGCAGGACCAGCGCCCGGGCCAACAUCGCGCGCAUGGACCCGCCGAAGCUCCCGCCCACGGCCCACACUCCCACUUCGUCAACUUACACACGGGACCGCGUGCGUGGAUGGCAACUAGGGCUCCUCUGCACUCUAUUUAAGGGACCUUAAGUUCCAGAAGAAACACAAUUCAUAAUUCAACUUCAAUUCGGCAAUUUCCGCAAGAAGGCAGAAGGCAGAAAUCGUCCAUCCUUCGGUUCCUUCUUCCUCUUUUAUUUUCCUUUUAAUUUUCUGUUUUUAAUUCGGCCAAUGAGUGGCUGAUUUCUUUAAUUCUAGUUGAGGAUUGGUUGAAACUAAGGUUGUUUAAUGGGUUGUGAGAUCUGAACAUAA